CUCUUCCUUCCCAAACAAUUCAAAAACUACUCUUCUCCUUUCUACCUUUCCACAGCACCUCGGAGUUUCUCCCCUCGUCAUUACCCGGUCUACACCUGGCCGGACCGACCUGAUCUUCCGUUGAAAAUUGAAACGACAAUCAUGAAUACUGAAUAUGACUAUUUGUUCAAACUUUUGCUAAUUGGAGAUUCUGGAGUUGGCAAAUCCUGUCUUCUUCUGAGAUUUGCUGAUGAUUCAUAUCUGGACAGUUAUAUUAGCACAAUUGGCGUGGACUUUAAAAUACGCACUGUUGAGCAGGAUGGGAAGACUAUAAAGCUGCAAAUUUGGGACACUGCAGGGCAAGAACGGUUUAGGACCAUCACCAGUAGCUACUACCGUGGAGCACAUGGCAUUAUAAUUGUUUACGAUGUAACCGACCAGGAGAGUUUCAAUAAUGUUAAACAAUGGUUGAAUGAAAUUGAUCGUUAUGCAAGUGAGAACGUGAACAAGCUUCUGGUUGGAAACAAGUGUGACCUUACUGCUAACAAAGUAGUGUCUUAUGAAACAGCCAAGGCAUUUGCGGAUGAAAUUGGCAUCCCCUUCAUGGAGACCAGUGCAAAGAAUGCCACCAAUGUUGAGGAGGCUUUCAUGGCAAUGGCAGCUGAUAUUAAGAAUAGGAUGGCAAGUCAACCAGCAAAUGAUGCCAGGCCUCCAACAGUGCAGAUACGGGGUCAACCUGUUAACCAGAAGUCUGGCUGCUGCUCUUCUUAAUCGGUUAAUCCAUUUUCCCUUACUGGACUUUGUUUUCUCAGUUGUUUGUAAGCUGUUCUGAAAUUUAUUUCUUUUUCAGUUUAUUACAUUAUUAAAUUGUUUGUACAAAAGUUUCUGUUGCUUGAUAGUUGUUACUGUUAUACUACUUCUAUCCCAAAAUAAGUAGUGUUUUUAUUGGGAAUUUUUCCAAAAUUUGUUAUCCUUAUUUGGAACAGCUGUUAAGAGAUAUACAAUCCGCUCGAUGUUGCUUGUCAA